AUGGGCAAUGUCGCAAGCCGUCUGGAUGAUGGGAGCUUGUUCUUCAAGGAUCAAAAUCGACUAACCAUUGCGGCCGUGACGAUCAGCAACUCCCGCCGUCGAUUGUUGACGCUGUCCCCGAAUGCGUUUCCGGCGACCAGAUUCCAUGCGAAGCGAGAGCCGGGUGAUGAUACCCCGAUUGAAUAUAUCCAGGAUCCGGAUGCUCCUCCAACCGCACCGUUUCCAUCGUUCUUGCUACGACUCUUGAAUGACGACGAGCUGAUCUUCCACUUCACAUUCGUUCUUCGUCAAACUCCAACCGGGAAUGUCGCUGGCUCGACGGUGAAUGGCGUCUCGACAUCGCUGCCGGAGGUGCUGGAUACAGUCCUCACGGGACUCACGUUCGCUCAUGCUUCCAACUCAAAGGAGCUGGAUAAUCUCAUUACCCGCGAGUUCCACGCAAACCCAAACCUCCAGAAUAACUCCAAUGUCCAACUCAUCGGUAACUAUUCGACCGAGGGCAGCCCCUCGGUCUCGUUCGAAUGGUCCUGGCGGUGGAAGCCACCCAAGGUGACCGAGGAUCGGGGAGGUGGAUGGCGCAAUAGCUGCAGUUUCUUGGACUAUGAUCAAAAGACCAACCGCCUCAACACCCUGGCGCAUUUUGAGUUUUGGGUGCACAGCAGCCUCAACCGACCGUUGCCGAGUCCGCUUUUGUUGUCGCCAUCCCUGGAGCUGCCGAUCAUUCCUGCGCGAAAUCGCAUCGCAUCCAGCCAUUCGGCCAUCUCACACAUAAGCGACAGCGAUGCCUUGUCGGCAUCCAAUUUCCCAGUGACCAGUCCGUCCGAAUCGCUAGAAGGGCCUCAACUGCCUCCGGUUCCCACGGCGCCGCCCCCUCCACCCCCCGUCAAAGUUGACCUGGUGCACUCUCGUCCGGGGGAGGACAUGAGUGCGGUUGAAGAUGGCCCGCUCUUCCGGGCCACCAUGAAAUCCCUGGAGCAAAAGACCGGCAGCAUGCGCUCGAAAAUCAAAAAGGUGCUCAAAAAGGCUGAGGCCGCGCAGGCAGCCCAAGUGGCCUGCAACGAGGCCAUGGAAGCUUUCCUGAGCUCCUUGAGCGAUGCGUCCACGUCCAACGCUAAUGCGAUCCAGCCCGCGUUGGAUCACUACUUUGAGAAGAUUGCACGACAGAUUCAGAAUUACGAGCAGACGAAUACCUUGCAAUUACAGAAGCUCGUGAUCGAACCUCUCAUCAAGCUCUAUCAUAAUGACAUCAAACAAGCCGAAUCGAAAAAGAAGGACUUUGACGAAGAGUCUCGAGACUACUACGCCUACGUUAGCCGCUACCUCGGUCAACGGCAAGAUUCUCUCAAGGAGAAGAAGCGGGCCGAGAGCGACUCCAAAUACCAGGCGAAGCGGCGCAACUUUGAACUGAAGCGGUUCGAUUACUCGUCUUUCAUGCAAGACCUGCACGGAGGUCGCAAGGAGCAGGAGGUCCUUUCUCAUUUGACCAAGUAUGCAGAGUUCCAAGCCCAGGCCUUCCUGGCGGCGGCUCAAAAAGUCGAAGAAAUGGCACCGCAAUUGAAUGCCCUCGUGCACGAAGUCAGCCAGGCCGACAAGGAGUUUCAGUUUCAACGGUCCGAGCGAGAAGAAAAGCGAAGAGCUCUGGAAAAAAACAGCAACCCGUAUAUGGAACCAGAUGUGGUCAGUGGUGCCCCUAUGAAUCUGGCGACCACGUCGGGAACCGCGUCUACAACCGUCGCCUCCGCCACACUGAACAAUGGCAGCUCGAGUGGAGAAGUGGAACUGGGACGAGCGGACAGCACAGGUUCGCAACUUCGGGGUGUUGUUAGCAACAGCUCGUCGGUUUCGUCGCAAGCCAAUGCUGGCUCCGUCAGCUCAGCCACGGGAGUCUCGGCGCCUCUGGCGGCAAGCACCGCCAUGACGGCACCUGCUCAGAACCGCUUCAAGGGGAUUCGAGAUUUGGAGGAACGUGAGAGUCUUGGAUCUGAUCGUUCCGCCGGCCAGCAACGGAAGGAAGGGCUUCUGUGGGCGCUUUCGCGUCCCGGCUCGCAUAUGGAUCCCAAGGGCAUCAAUAAACAGGCGUGGCACAAGUUCUGGAUUGUUUUAGACCAGGGCAAGCUCUCAGAAUACAGUAAUUGGAAACAAAAGCUAGAUUUGCACAUGGAUCCGAUUGAUUUGCGGAUGGCUUCUGUUCGCGAAGCCCGAAACGCAGAGCGGCGUUUUUGUUUCGAGGUGAUCACGCCGCAAUUCAAACGCAUAUAUCAAGCCACUUCGGAGGAAGAUAUGGCGAACUGGAUCCGCUCUAUUAAUAAUGCACUGCAAAGUGCUGUGGAGGGACGAGGGAUGCCACCACCGCCUGUGCCGUCCAAGAGUGAGAGCCCAUCGAGUCGGGACAUUGGCUCGGUUCUGACUGGCAAAAGCUCAUCCGUCUCGGGCCACCAUUCUUACUCGAAUAGCUCCAGCUCCGGGGUGUCUGGCGUCAGUCGUCGCACCACAGUCGGGGCUCGACCGAGCUAUGUGAGGAAUGACAGCAGCUCGUACGAGGACAAUCCAGCACGAUUGCUGCAGGUUGUCCGCGACGCGGACGAAGGAAACAACUGGUGCGCCGAUUGUGGCUCUUUGUCCAAGGUUGAGUGGGUGUCCAUCAAUCUUGGGAUCAUCCUGUGCAUCGAGUGUAGCGGGAUUCACCGAUCACUGGGCACGCACAUUUCCAAAAUUCGCUCGCUCACGCUGGAUGUGCAUUCCUUCUCCAACGACAUUGUGGAGAUUCUGCUCCAGAUUGGCAACCGUGUCAGUAAUAUGAUCUGGGAGGCCACCCUGGAUCACUCGGUGAAGCCGAUCGCCAGCUCGACUCGCGAGCAGCGACUCAGAUUCAUCACGGCGAAAUAUGUGGACCGGACGUUCGUGGAGCAUCUCCCGUCUCCACGGUCCAGCUUUGCCACACCGGAUGAGUCUCUCUUGGCAUCCAUCAAAAAGAACGAUAUCCAAGGAGUCCUGUACGGAAUCGCUCUUCGCGCAAACGUCAACGUGGCAGACCGGUCCCGCAAUACCCACGCCGUCUUCCUGGCCCUAGCGGCCGCCGACCCAGCCUCUCCGGGCUCCACUCCGACCUCCAUCUCAGCACGUUCCAGCGCCAAGGCGAUCCCUUUCCCCGUCGCCGAGCUGCUGGUCCAAAACGGCGCCGAGAUCCCGCCUGCGCCCCCGUCCAUCCCACUCUCUCCGGCCGCCCAGCUGUAUAUCAGCCAGCGCACGGCCCGGACUCCGGCCUUUAUUGGCUCCGUCCCGGGCAAAUCGGUCGUCAGCGAUACGCUUGGAACCCUCCCUACCAUUCAUUCCUCGUCUCUAUCGGGUCGAGAUGGGCCUGGACCUGUCUCUGCGGGUUCCGCGUCAUAUAGUUCGGCGAGCUCUUUGGAUACGAAUACCAGCCACAAGGAUAAAGACAAAUUAUCCAAGCGGGGAAGUGCUGGGGCACGAUUUGCGGGCAAGGUAGCUUCUUUGGGGAUCGAUCGAUAG